UCGAAGCGGUUGGAGGCCUCAGCCCCUUGUCCCCGGAGAGAAACCGCUGCUGGCGUCCUGGGGCUGCGGUUCCAGCCAGAAAGAGACGGCACAGGAGAUCUUGCUUGAAGCAUUCAUAAGCUUUUGCACAGCUAUGAUGGCAUCUACUUGGUCCAUCCAGGCCAACAAGGACCAGGAUGAACUUUUGGAAAUAAAGAUAGAGGAAGAGGAGGUGGAGGAGGAAAAUAAGUAUACCGCCAGACAGGAUCAGAACCUGCAAAAGAACACCACCCACAGCAGAGAGGUCUUCCGACAGUACUUCAGGCAGUUCUGCUACCAGGAAACAUCUGGACCCCGUGAGGCUUUGAGCCAACUCCGGGAACUUUGCCAUCAGUGGCUGAGACCAGAGACCCACACAAAAGAGCAGAUUCUGGAACUGCUGGUGUUGGAGCAAUUCCUAACCAUCCUGCCCGAGGAGCUCCAAGCUUGGGUCCAGGAACAGCAUCCGCAGAGUGGGGAAGAGGUGGUGACUGUGCUGGAGGAUUUAGAGAGAGAGUUGGAUGAGCCAGGAUAUCAGGUCUCGGUCCACACUGAGGAACAGGAAAUGUUCUUGCAGGAGAUGGUAGCUCUAAGAACAGAACAAGAACCCAGAAUGUCCCUCCCAUCUGUGAAAGCCCAGCUAAAAUGUGAAUCUCCAGAACUUGAAGCCCAGAAGAAGCAAGUUUCAGAUGUUGAGACUGGAAAUGAGUAUAGGAAUUUAACUCUAAAGCAAGAAGUUUCUGAAGAAAUGAAACCAUAUGGGACUAUAUCUAGCAAAUUUGAAAAUGAAAUGUCUCAGUCAGCUAGGUAUGAAAAAACUUAUGAACCUGAAGAAAAAAUAGGAGAGCCUUCUGGAUACUCCAGGGAAGAUAAACAACAUACAUGUGAUGAAAAUGGAGUAAGUUUGACUGAGAACUCAGACCUUUCUGAACACCAGAAAGUCUGUCCAGGAGAAAAGCUUUACAAAUGUGAUGACUGUGGAAGAGCUUUUAGUCAACACUCAUGCUUCAUAGAACAUCAGAGGAUCCAUACUGGAGACAGGCCCUACAAAUGCGAAGAAUGUGGAAAAACUUUCCGUGGGAGAACUGUGCUUAUUCGACACAAAAUAAUACACACGGGAGAGAAACCAUAUAAAUGUAAUGAGUGUGGCAAAGCCUUUGGCCGGUGGUCAGCUCUUAAUCAACAUCAGAGACUUCACACAGGAGAGAAGCACUACCACUGUAAUGAAUGUGGCAAAGCCUUUAGCCAGAAAGCAGGCCUCUUUCACCAUCUCAAAAUCCACACAAGAGACAAACCUUAUCAUUGUACUCAGUGUAAUAAAAGUUUUAGUCGGCGUUCAAUUCUUACCCAACAUCAAGGAGUCCAUACUGGGGCAAAGCCCUAUGAGUGCAGCGAGUGUGGAAAGGCCUUUGUUUAUAACUCCUCCCUUGUUUCCCAUCAGGAGAUCCACCACAAAGAAAAAUGCUAUCAGUGUAAGGAAUGUGGGAAGUCCUUCAGUCAGAGUGGCCUUAUUCAGCAUCAGAGAAUCCACACUGGGGAGAAACCCUACAAAUGUGAUGUAUGUGGAAAAGCCUUUAUUCAGAGGACAAGUCUUAUGGAACAUCAACGAAUUCACACUGGAGAGAGACCCUAUAAAUGUGAUAAGUGUGGGAAGGCUUUCACUCAAAGAUCAGUCCUCACGGAACAUCAGAGAAUCCACACCGGAGAGAGGCCCUACAAAUGCGAUGAAUGUGGGAGUGCCUUCCGAGGAAUCACCAGUCUCAUUCAGCAUCAGAGAAUCCACACUGGGGAGAAACCCUACCAAUGUGACGAAUGUGGCAAAGCCUUCAGACAGAGGUCAGAUCUUAGUAAACACCAGAGAAUCCACAAUAGAGGUGGUCCCUAUAAAUGUAAAGAGUGUGGGGAGUCGUUUAGGCAGAACUCAGCUCUUACUCAACAUCAGACUACCCACAAAGGAGAAAAAUCUGGUUCUGUGUGAAGACUGCAGGGAAGCUGUCUCACAGAGUGCAGGCUGGAGAGAAAUACUAGCUUUGAGAUGAUUUAGGACAAAAUGUUAGUCACUAUUGCUAUAAGGUAACCGGAUAUUUCAUAAAAAAUACACUGUGCUGCCCAUUUCAUUAGGUGCUGUGGAGAACGAGAAGCGUAACACCAGAUUCCUUUUCUCAAAGAGUUUACAACCUAGUUUGGGAUAUAUAAGGUCCACCUGUUUAGUCAAGACUAUAGGACAAUAGAAUUGAUGCUCAAAGUAGUGUAGAAUUAA